UUUCAAUAUUGACAUACUGUACUUCAUACCGAUCAAUAUUCACAUACUGUAUCUUGAUACCGCUCGAUCAAUAUUUUAAACCUUUUCAUAUUUACCGAGGGAGAUCAACUGUCUGUAAGAACGCGGUUUAACGAUAAAUAUAUUUUGGAAGUAUUAAAGUUUGUUAAAAACAUGCUAGGUUUUAAAAACGUUUAGCAAAUACAAGGAAUUUGAAGUUUAUGAAGUAUUAAACGUGAAGGCACGUACAUUUCUACUUUCGAUUUUCGAAUAUAGGAACAUCCCAAAUGGCGGAGAAGGGAUCAGAUUUGAGUUGACUUUUGCUGCAACCUUUGCGAAGAGGAUGGUGUCAACAAGGAAGCCAUGUUUUUUUGUCAGCAGUGUUCAAAAGGACUUUGUGACGUGUGUAUUGGGCUCCACAGGCAGUUUUAUAAGAAGCACGUAGCUUAUGGGAGGGAAGAGAUGGAUAAAUGGCCUGUUUUCACGAAAUUAUUUGAAGGGUUAAAGUUUUGUGAACUUCAUUCCGAUCACCCGAUAGAGAUGUUUUGUGAAGAUCAUAGUAAACUGUGUUGUUCUAUGUGCCUCUUCCAUGAUCACAGACACUGUGUCAAGCUGGUACUGAUAACAGAAAAAUCACAAGCAGUUCAUGAUGAAGGGGAAUUGAUUAAUAUAUCUUCAAGUAUUGCCGGCGUGCAACUAAAGCUUAAAACUUCUAUGAAUGACACACAGGAAUGUUUGAAGAAACUGCAGGAUUCGUAUGAUAAAGCGUGUGAUGAAAUUUAAACGCUUCGUCAGAAAAUCAACGACAUACUAGAUGAAUUGGAACGCAAAACAAUGCAUGAUUUGGACACCUUGCUGCACACAGUGAAACAGUCUUUACAAUCUGACACAGACACGUGUUUAAAAGCUAUAAACAGUUUAAAGAAAAUUGGCGAUGCCAUUAAUAAUAUUGAAAAGGGUCCGAAAGACCUAUCAUUUAUCGUGUACCAAAAAGCGUUUGAAAUGGAUUCACAAGCUGAGAAAGUGUUGAAAAAAUUGGCUGUCAACAGAAGUCCCUCGGUAGUGUUUAACAAACACCCCUGUGUUGAACAAAUACUAUCAGAUUUGUCUACUCUUGGGAAUAUUGAAUGUGCUGAAAAGCAGACGGACAAUGGCAAAAAUAUUAUACUCGAGUGUAAGAAAAAAUAUCUUCACGAUAUUCGAAUCACAACUGAUAAAGAGACGUGCGACAUUAGAGGCAUAUGUGAGCUUUCUGCUGGAUACAUUCUAAUUCUAGACGACAGUAACAAAAGUGUAAAGUUACUCGAUAUUCAGUUAAAAGUUAUUGCGCACGCAGACCUUAUUGGCUCUCCAAUGGAUAUGUACACUAUCAGUCCUACCGAGGUCGCUGUUACAUUUGGAAAAAACAUGAUUGUCCAGUUUCUAAAUGUCAAGGACAGACAGAUAUAUAUUGGGAGAAAACUUGAUUUCAAACAUACAUGUCAUGGCAUUGCUUAUUUUAAAAACACGUUGUUCAUCACGUCACUUACUGCCGUGUAUCAGUACACAAUGGAUGGUCAGCUGUUAAAGAAGAUUUAUGAAGAUACUUCUCGUACAGACACAGUAUUCAAGUGCGCAAUAAGUCCCGAUGGAUCACGGCUGUAUGUAACCAAUUACAUGAACAACAAGCUCCUAACCCUGUCCAUAGAUGGGACUGUUCUGUCAUCCUUGGAAGAUCCCGCACUUAGAUGUCCUAGAGGUGUACACGUGUCAGAGACAGGACAGCUGCUGGUGUGUGUGCAUGGAUCACACAACGUAAUCCAAGUGGAUGGUAAGGGAGGAGUGUUGACGCUGGUUUCCAAGGACGAUGGUCUGAAUUAUCCAGAGUCUGUAUACUACAGUGCUCGUACUGGUCGGCUGAUUGUUGGAAAUACUAGUAAUGAUUUGUUGGUUAUCAAUACAAAAUCUCUGUUUGUUACUUGUGUACGCAUCUAGGCGUUUUCAGUGAGUGUUUUCCUGCAAUCCAAUUUUGUUUACGCAGCGCUCAACGGCGACGUCAAGGCGUCCUCACUACGUUCUUGGUGUUUAUCUACUUUGACCAUAACGUUUCUCUUCCACUUCACUACAAUCGAAUAGAGUAUUAUUUCAUUAAUGUUUACCAGAAUGGCCGUUCAUGUCUACGCUUCGAGGUGUGACAAAAAUUAUUUUGUAUUUAUUAUUAAAUUCGCUUUCUCAACGUUAUGCAAAAGUUUAGGGUCGUGGGCGGGGAAAGCAGUCAACACGCUAACGUCGACUCAUGAGACAGACUCAUUGUAAACUUCAAAAUCUUAAGAGAUGUUCAUUUGAAGAGUAAGGUAUUUUAAUGAAUAAAAUGUAUUUUUGUAAAGGGCGUUUUGAUUUUAUUAGACGUACCUUCUCUUUGAACCUUUAAUACAUGUAUGGGGUUGUCAGGGUGGCAAAUAAUCCGAUAAACGCGCCUACUGAUAUCAGAAAGCUUAUGUUAACCAUUCAAUUAGAAGUGUGGAUGAUAACUCCCUCACCUAAGUCAAGAUUCGUUUCCCGAUAGACAUUCUGCGGAAAGCAAAAGCAUUCAAAGGGUCUAGCAUCUUCGCGAACGAGAAUCUAACAAAACUGAAUGCAAAAGUGCUGGCUUCCGUCCGUCUGAAACAGCCCAGCGACGUCGAAAAAGCUUGGUCCUUCGAGGGCAAAAUAUUUGCGUUGUUUAAAGGCAACCAACAUUCAACGCAGAUAAAAUACCCGGAUUUCAAAAACUGGUUGGAAAAGCCGUGGCCGAAAAAAUCCUAUUCGGAGAGUGUAGAAAAUCCCGCUCGUGCUUUAACCAGAGUGGCAUCAAAUAAAUAAUAAAUAGCCUAUAGAAACUUUGCAUAGAAAAACUUGUAUUUCCAAUUUAUUCACAUGGUUUACCUGCGCUAUUAAUGUCUGUAAAAGGUCCCUAUAUGUAAUGGGGUCCCAUGCGGCCUUCCAGCUAUUAUUAUUUAUUGUUGUAUUUUAAACGUCCAAAAUAAUAAUAUCAAAAUAUAUUGCACAACACCAUUGAAGUUACAGUAUGUUAAAGAGAUAAUUAAACACUACCUCUUUUAAUCAAGUAGCAUAAAGAGUCUAGCUACGCACAUGCAUUGUGCUGUUAUUAUAACGCAGUUACGCCCCUUGUUAUAAAAAUAUCGCGCUUCAAAAUGUGUAUGUUAAAUUGAUGAACUUAUUACACAUAAUUAAUGAAAGAUCUACCUGUAUAAGGCGAGUAUAAUAUGAAAUAUUAUUCAUCUUAACACAAAAAUAGCUAUAUAUUGUAUUUUAUUUUUUCCAAGACUGUAAAUAUUUUAUUGUGUUCUUUCUUAAAUAGCCCCCUUUUUUAUAUAUUCAUGCUUUCUGUUUUUGAGAGCACUACACUUUCCCCUAUGCUUUUGAUAUAUUUGUGCUUUCAAACAGUUUAUGUAUACUAAAGCAGUUGUUUUUGAGUGUGAUGUCUUAAUGUGAAUAAUUAUAUACAUAUGUUUAAUGAUCUAUUUAUCUUGUCAACUUGUUCCGGUUCAUAUUUUAUAUAUUGCUUGUAAUACAACAUUACUGCAACCAAUAUUUUUUUCAGAUAAGAAUACUUAUUAUAUGGAAACCGUUUUCUUAUUUCUUAAGCUAGAGCACUUGUUUUUGUGAUCAUUAAUAUGCUCUACUUAUCAUCUUAUUAGUUGGAAUCCAUACAUUUUUUGCAUUUUAUCAGUACGAACGCUGAUACCAUAUACUAUGCAUAUAAAUAUUGCUAUCCCUGCUAGCAUGACCCUUGAUUUUUCUUGAUUUUA